UAUUUGAGACGUUUCGGUACAAGUGUUCAGCGUGUAUUAUUGGUGCUUGAAGUAGUGGAUUUGGGAGAACUACUAAAUCUAAAAUAAUUAGAAUAAGUUAUGGUGAAAAGCAAAAAAGACUUUCAAAAGGUUCGAGUUAAAGUUGGAAGAAAAUUGAAAUCCCGAAACGAGACGGUAAUCAAUCUACAGAAGAAGAGAAUAAUCCUACCAAAAGAACUUGAAACUACCAAGACAAAUAACGUAGAUACAAAGCCAUGAAACCGGUGUUCAGAUCUUCGACAAUUCUAUUCAUUCACUAAACAUUGAAGACAGCGCUCUUCGACAGUCUGCUUUGCGGGCUCUCAAUCGUCUUUUGGAUCCAAUGGCAAAGGAAAUAAUCACAAUUCCAUUCUUAGAUAAAAACGUUUUAACCUUAUCCAGCAAAUUUAUGGUAAAAGCGAUCGAUGGGCAACAGAAACUAUUGGGUUCUUCCAUAAGCACAGGAUGUGAUAUCCAAAUAGGAAACCUAAUAUUCGUACUCGGGCGAUUUUGCAGACGAGUUGAUGACCCUCGUUUUUGCGAUGAUAUUUGUCAACUGUUUGUUAAAAUUGUACAAAUAGCAUCUACACACCCGAAAAUAUCGGAUAUAAUAUUUGAAUUGGAUCAAGUUGUAAUUAAUCUGUUGCAUAGAGGUGAACAAGUUUGGAAAUUUCUCGGAUGCCAUCUGUCUGCCUAUGCAUUUAGUCUGCAUUGUAGAUUAAUAACAACUAUGAGCAUAUUGUAUCAACCAUUCAACCGAACAAAAUCAGUUUAUUCAGGAGUUUUUGAUUCAAUUCAACAGUCAAUACGUUUUCGAACUUAUUCACAUCUUAUGAUUCAAUGCUACAAUAAUUUAAGACAAAAUCGCUCUUUCAAAAUCUUAUCGAAAUAUCGGGCAAAUUUGCUUCGAGCUACCAUGGUUUAUUUAAAAGAUAAUCAGUACACACUAUCUCUUAGUUAUGCUCAAAGUCAUCAUCCUUGGUUGUACUCUUUACCUUAUUUUUCAAACGAAUCUCGCCAACUGUAUGUUCCUUUGAAAGGAUAUUACCUCAAGGAAUUAAUUGAUUUCCAUCCUACAUCACGGACUCUUGACUCUGGUUUAUCCUGUGUUGCCAAACAAUCUGCAGUAUUCCCUUCCUCAAUCACCAACAUGGUUGUAAAUAAUAAGAAUGCUCAGAAUAAACGAAGUGAAAGAAAUCAAAGGGAUUCUAAAAGUAGAGAGAUUUCUGACAGUUCUUCGUUUGAUUAUAUUCCGACUUGGCGUCAGGAGGACUAUGAUGAUCAGGUUAUGAUACAUGGCUUGAUUGGUGAAGGUUUGGUUCUAUUGGAUGAACUAAAUGAAAAUCCAAAUGAGGAAGUAUUGAGUAGUCUAUACUACCUUCUACGUUCUUUGCGUGUUGUUUUCGAAAAAAAGGAAGUUAGUUUUUUCACUUCAUCUUCUAGGAUAAAACAUGAUUAUUCCGGUUGGAAAUUGGAUGUAAAUGAAAUUUCACCCGAUAUAUCCACAUCAUUGGAGCGUUUUUUGGCCAAAUUUUAUUCAAUAUACCCGUUACAAUUAUCUUCUGAUUCUUCAUUACUUAUGUACAUAAAGUGUAAUAAACAAAAGUCACAAAAAAGCAGAAAUAAUCAAAUUAAAAAUUAUGCAUUUCUUUUAAACUCAUCCAAUGGACAAAAAUCAAUGAAUGUAACUAGAAAACAGUUUAAACAAGAACGUAAACGUAGAAACAAACAGUUGAAACGUCAAUUGAAAAAUGGUGUUAUUCCCGAUGUUACUAAUAAUGAUGAUGAGAACGAUGAUGACUACGGUGGUUCAACUAUCGUUGACGAUGAUCAUCUAACUUCAACAACUGAUUCCAUCAAGAGAAGUAGUAAUUCCUCUACAAAGAGUAAUCUGAAUAAUCAAAUAUUGUAUUGGAUUCAGCUAAUUAACCAGUCAGCUUUCGAACUAUUCACAUACAUUGAAUAUUAUUCAUUUAAAUGUUCAGCAACAAAUUACCACUCUCCAUUUUUGUGGCCACCACCAGAGAAUACUCAAGAGCGUCUAAUCAAACUAUGGUUUAGUCAUUUAUCUUAUUUUGAUUUAUCUAACGCAACAACUACAGAUUUUUACUAUAAAACAAGCUGUUGGCUACGUUCAUUUGAUUUGUACUUGCUGUCACCUUAUCGCUUUAAAUGGAAUGUUGAUAUAUCAACGCGACUGUUUAUUUCGCCGGUGAUAAUUUUCCUGGGGCAACUUUUCUACCAAAUCGCUGUUAAUAAUUCGAUUGAUGUUGAUAAAUCCCUUAGUAAAAGAGAACAUUAUUUAACUGGUCGUUGUGCUGGUCUAUUGACUACUAUCUUAACAAGAGAAUUACUUCUUACUGAAAAGAAAAUCGGAUCAGAGAAAAAUCUAACUGAUGAUGAUGAGUCAGUUAGUAUUGAUGCUGAUUUUGGUUCUCAUGAAAUGGAAUACAAUGAAAUGUGGCUAUGGAACAAAUUUUCAUGUGAUAAUCUGUCGGAAGAAAUAAUGAAAUCCUUACAUGGAUCAAUAUUUCCUACUCUCGUAAACCAUUUAGUCCGAUUUUCAUUGAACGAAUCCCCACGUAUUUGUUAUGCUCCUCCAUUAACAGAAGAAGCAUUGAAUAUUGUACGCAAUCAAUAUCCUAGUUGUAAUAUUUCUAUUGGUAAUUUUAAGCAAAUACAAAUUGUGGAUAGUACUUGGACAGCUUGUUUUCUUCAACUAUAUCAUGUCAAAUACUCAUUGGCUGUGAAAUACGUCCGUGAAAAUGAAGAACUAUGCAAAAAAAUACACCUCACUGAAACAUACUUGGACACUCUGAAUCCACUGAGUGUUUUAACUGAAAAACUUAACAUCCAAUAUGAUACUCAACUUUUGGAAAAUCAAACUGGUUGGCUUGUUCCUGGAUUUCUACCGAGAAUUACAGAUGGUCGAUACACAUGUCCUGUAUUUUGGCGUCCGUUGAAAGACAAUCGGAAAAAUUUGUUACCUUGAUUGUGAUGUAUAUAAAUUACUUUUGAUAAUC